UACGGUCACACUGGCUGCAAGCCACAAGCAUUCGCUACCUCGAUCAGCUGUGAUAACCGCAACAAAUUGUAUUCGAUGAGUGCCGCCGGUUAUGAUGACGAUAUUGAGAUCCGUGUUGCGGCCGUGGAAGAUGGCAACAGACUGAUGGAGUUUCUACAUGAGCAUUAUUACCGGGAGGAGCCGCUAACCGCCGGCUGUCCGCCACCGGAGCCCGAUGAGGCCGAUGAGAAAUUCCUGCUCUCCAAUUUGCCGCAUGGCACCUGCCUCCUAAUGCUGCACCGCGGCCGAAUUGUAGCCGCUGCUGUGGCGGGUCCGAAAACCGCCGAUGAGGCUGCCCAUCUCUUCGAGGAGGCAGCCGAACUGGCCGGCAGCAAAUGGGGUCGCAUCUUGGGCAUACUGGCAAUUGCGGAGCGAGAUGCGAACGUCUUCGCCCGGUUCAACGUGGACAGGGCUCUGCAUCUGCACGCCAUUGGCGUGGACGCUAAUCUGCGUGGUCGCGCUCUGGGCGAACGUCUCAUGAAUGCCCUGGCUGGCCGGGGACGAGAUUUGAACUAUCCGCUGCUCACCGUCGACUGUACGAGCAUCUACUCUGGCCGCCUGAUGAAACGCCUGGGCUACGAGGCGGUCAACAGAAUGCCCUACACCGACUACGUGGAUGCGGCGGGGCAGCAGCUCAUUCGACCACCUGCUCCACAUGAGUUCUUGGAGACGUUCGCGCUGCGCUUGUAGCUGUACGCAUACAUGCUUAACUUAUACCAUAUUGAGCCCUUAUCUAUACCAUACCAACCAUUGAGAACCGUUUCGCGUGCUUUUUUACUUUAAGACUUAUCAAAUGGCAAUUUAUUAGACACAUAUGCAUUAUAAAUCUAUUAUAUAAUUGUUACCUUUUAAA